CAUAAAACGAGCGCACCUUCAUUUUGCCGCGAUAUACGCUUCCCGUGCUUCAACUCAUUCCGGUGUGAUCAAAAUUUUUGGAUUGCUGGGCUGCAUUCUACCUCGUAAUUCGGUCCAUGUUUUUGUGUGCAUGUUAAAAUCAGAUGGAAGCUACUGGUGAGGACAUAGUAAUGGCAAUGGAUGCCAGUGGCCCGCAGACGUCUCACUGUGAUACAAGAUGGUCACAGCGACUGUCCGGCCUUCCUCACAAGCUCCUGCAGCGCUUGAUGCCUUUCCAAAGGGAGGGAGUGGAUUUUGCCUUAUCUAAGAAUGGACGAUGUAUGAUUGCUGAUGAGAUGGGUCUUGGCAAGACGGUGCAAGCCAUUGCGGUGGCAUAUGCUUUCAGGGAGGAGUGGCCCCUCCUGGUAGUAGUGCCCUCGUCCCUCAAAUAUCCCUGGAUUGAGGAACUGGAGCGCUGGAUUCCUGAGCUGCAGCCUGGAGACAUUAACCUGGUGGAGAACAAGAGCCAUACCAUGGGCAUUAGCAGCAGUAAGGUGACUGUGCUUGGCUAUGGCCUCCUCACCACAGACGCACGCCCCCUGGUGGAGACUCUGAGUAGGCAGUGCUUCUCGGUGGUCGUGGUGGAUGAGUCGCACUACCUCAAAUCCAGGAACGCAGCACGAACGAAGCUUCUGGUGCCUCUCAUUCAGAGCGCCAAACGUGCCAUCCUGCUCACGGGUACACCUGCACUGGGUCGCCCUGAAGAGCUUUUUAUGCAGAUUGAUGCACUUUACCCCAAAAUGUUUGGAACCUGGACUGACUACGCCAGCAAAUACUGCAAUGCCCAUUACAGGUACUUUGGGACCCGCAGGCAGUGGGACUGUCGUGGGGCGUCCAACCUGAAGGAGCUGCACCAGCGACUUAGCCAGAUCAUGAUCCGUCGCCUUAAGGCUGAGGUGCUUAGUCAGCUUCCUCCCAAGAUCCGCCAGCGCAUCCCGUUCGACCUUCCAAAGGAGGCUGCAAAGGAGGCUGUCGCCAGCUUUGCAGAGUGGGAGAGACUAAUGAAGGGAUGCAGGUCAGAGGUCGCUGCCAUCAACAACCCCUUCACUGAGGUCAUGAGCCUGAUCACACAGAUGUACAAGCAAACAGCUAUUGCCAAGGCUGGAGCAGUGAAGGACUACAUCAAAAUGAUGCUGGAGGCAGAGCAUCUCAAGUUCCUGGUGUUCGCCCACCACCUCACCAUGCUGCAGGCCUGCACAGAGGCUGCCAUCGAGGCCAAGGGGGGGGAUGUAAAGAAUGAGGGUGUCCAUGCUGUGUUUCUGUGGCACAAUCAGGCAGGCUUCCACAGUGGACUUGUAAUGGCUGGUUAUAUUCGUAUUGAUGGAAGUGUGCCAUCCUCUGAGAGAAUCCAAUUAGUUCAUAAGUUCCAGAAUGACCCAGACACAAGAGUAGCCAUCCUAAGUAUCCAGGCAGCUGGUCAGGGAUUGACCUUCACCGCUGCGAGCCAUGUGGUGUUUGCCGAGCUCUACUGGAACCCUGGGCACAUUAAGCAGGCUGAGGAUCGAGCACACCGAAUCGGGCAAACAUCGUCUGUCAACGUUCACUACCUCAUCGCCAAGGGUACCUUUGACACCGUCAUGUGGGCCAUGCUGAACAGGAAGGAAACAGUAACGGGCAGCACUCUGAAUGGAAGGAAGGAGUACCUGAAGGCCGAGGAAGGAGACAAGGACACAUGGGACUUCCUUAACUUUGCCAGUGCAUGGACGCCUAGUGAGAUGAGACUUCCUUUGGAGGCAAAUACUGGACUGACUGCAGAUGAUGACGUGUACUUCACUCAUUUUGAAAAGGAGAAACAGCAUGAUAUUCGGAACUUCUUCUCUCCGGGUGCCAGCAAGGAGAAGAAGAGAAAAAGAAUGCAAGAUAAAGAGUCUUCUUCCACUUCCUCCGAAAACAAUAAUCCUGCAACUGACAGUGGAAGAAACUCUGAGAGAAAGACAGAAGAGAAGGAAAAGUCUUCUUCUGAAACAUCUGUCACAGAUGACGAGAACUUCUCUCCGCAUUUGAAGAAGCUCCGGGCGUUGCAGACCAGCCCGAGCCGAAAGUCUGCGUCCAUGGGGAAGAAAAGGUUGGCGCAGAGGGGUAGCACGUCACUGUCAGAGUUGGACCCUUCCACACAGACGUGGGCCUGCGGGGCAUGUACGUACUCCAACAGCGACCUGAUGCCUUACUGCGAGAUGUGCGAGUGGCCACGCUCUUCUUCACGUGUCACAUCAGAACCAUCCGGGCCUCAUCUAACACCUUCACCUGAAGAAGAGAAAAAGGCGUGUGAUGCCCAGUCCAGCACCAACAGAGGACCGCAGCUCAGCCUGGAGAGGUACCAAGCUUCUAUAUCGUACAAAGACAAACAGAGCAAGGAGGAGGAGGACAAACAGAAAGAACGAGAUGCAGAGGGGGAGGACAAGCGGCAGCUCAAAGGCAAACAAUCAACGAGAGAGCGAGGUGGCAGCGGCGGCACAAGCGGUGGCAGCUGCGUCCUCUCUGACCACGCUAACGAACCAUUAGCUAAUGCUAAUGAUGCUAACGGUGAUACCACCAAUAAAGCUGAUCCUGCAUACCCGGGCCUGCAGUUCUGUCCCAGCCAGUACACAGACCGAGUAUAUCUCUAUGAUAAGGAUGGUGCUCCGUUAUACUUGAGCUUCGUCCCCCUGGACAUCAAACUAACCAACUGGGACGACCUGCCCGAGGACUUCAGCCAGCACCAGGAAAAUCGAAUACAGGUUCUACGCUUCGUUCAGGAGUGGAGCGGCCUGGCAGCCAUGAAGCAGAAGCUGCUCCGACGCAGCCGUCUCCUCUUCCACAGCCCCACCCUUGGCUUGCAGCAGCUGGCCGCCACUCAGCGACCUCACAACAGCACCAAGAGGUACCUCAGCCGUGACGAGGUGGCCCAAGCGUCACUGAGUAAGGCCCAGCAAGAGGGAGGCAGCGUGCGGCUGGUUGCCAAGGACAACUUCUUCACCAAAAGGAAGUCAGCCUUGUCGCUAAAUUCCUCUACCUCAGACAGCUCAGGGAAACAAGUUAGUGAGCAGCCAUCGUCAGGAUUCCUGCAAGCGAUGAACAGCCAUGGUGUCCCACUGUGUCUAUCCUGUCAGAAGGCCUGUUCAACCACCGGUGGGGCCUGGGACACUCGAUUUUGUAGCCACAGGUGCCAAGAAGAAUUCCAGUUGCGCUCCAGUCAGACGUACAUGCGCUCCCGCGUGCUGGAGGCGGAGCAGGGCAUCUGCCAGCACUGUGGCCUCCAAGCUCAUGACUUGUUUGUGAAGGUCCGCGAUGCGCCGCCGUCCCAGCGAAAAGAGAUGCUGGAGAACACGUGGCUUGCCCAGCUGCCACUCAAACAGCUAAACGAGAUGAUCCGCUCUCCGGUGGAAGGUGAUUUCUGGCAGGUGGACCACAUCCGUCCAGUCUACAGUGGGGGAGGACAGUGCUCUCUGGACAACCUGCAGACACUCUGCACCGUCUGCCACAGAGCUAGGACAUCUCAGCAGGCCAAGGAGCGAAGCCAGAUGAGGAAGAGUUCCGCGGCCUACAAAGUUGCCUCCGACAUCAGCAAAUUCUUCAUCAAGAAAUAAUGCUUCCCGCUCACUGGAAUCCCUUGUUGAGUCGCAACUGGUACUUUAGAAACAAAAGGCCGAACUCCUUUGUUAUCCACACUUUUUGUUCAUGUCAACAGCAAACAGGCACAGCAACCAGUUUCCCCUCUCGUCCCCGAACCGUCACAAGUGCACUGGGAUAUGAUUUAUGGCAGCCUCCCAUUUUGCUUCAGGCGUAAAUGGAGCAGGUUGCUUUGGAGAUGUGAUGCUAUUUUCAGAUUUUGCAAACUUAGUGCAACGUUGCAGGUGAGAUGAAUAGUUGGUGAUUAAGAAUGCGUCUUUCGACAAGCAAUGGCUUGUUUAUGUUGCUUCUCGAAAGAUAGAUGAGUAUCUAGUGGAAUAAAAAGCCAUUUUUAUCUACCUUCUUGUUCUUGUAG